ACAAACAGUAGCGUGUGUUGUGUUCAGAUCCAGAGAACCCACAGUAUUCAAGUUAAAAACAAAACUGUGUUCUUGUUGGGUUUUUUUUAUCUAGAUAAUAUUUGUCCAAGGGAAGAAAUUUUAAAAAUUGCGCUGGUUAAAAAUCUACUAACCUGCUGAUCUCAUGGGCAUCAUGACAAGCUAGUAAAAAAGUGAGAAGAUGGAGGAGUGGCAGGGUCAGUGGUUAACACAAACAUUAACCAGUUAACCUGCCAGUUAAAGUAAUUAAACUUCAGGCAGUAUUAGUUUACAAUCUGGCAUAAUCCUGUCAGGAAUUAAGUGGAGCUUUGGUGUCACCCAAGAUGAACACAAUCAGUUCUCUUUAAAGGAGGGGCUCAUUAGAAAUGUGAUCUCUAGAUGCAUGUUUUUUUUUAUUAUUGAUUUAAAAGUUUCAGUUUUCAUACAUGUAGUUCUUAUGUACAUGUUUUUAAAUUAAAAAACUCAUCAUUAAUGUCCGCCCUUUGUUGUUUUGUUGUGAUAUUUCUCUAAACUAUUUUGCUGACAAAGUGUCAUCUCACUAAGACGUCACACUGACUGAAGACUCCAUAACUGCAGCUAUCAUCACGUGUGAUGGGAUUGAAAACUAAACUCUAAAAUGACUGGAUUUGCAGGUUAAGAAAGCUCUGGGGCUUUCUGACUCCUGCGUCACAGUCAUUACUGACCCUAGGAUCCCCUUACCAUUAAGCCACUCACUACCGUCUGUUCCUUGGCUGAGGAUUGGAACUGAGGCUUUGGUCCUGGUUAAGCAGAGAAGACUGGGAAAUGUCUCAGUAGGAUCUCCACUGCUACAUCACCCAAGGCCACCUUCAUCUUCAUCUUCUGAGGACAUCAUCUUUGCGCUUCUACCAAAAGAACAACUCCCCCAAACCCACACACAAUGGCAGACAAAGACUCUGUGGAGAAGUUUCUCGACAACAAUCCUCAGAUCGCCAAAGAGUACUACGACAAGAAGGUUAAGCCAGAGGUGAUUACAGCGGCGUUCAACAACCAGGUUCAGGUCAAAGAUCCAUCCUCCUACAGGGAUGUAUCCACCAUCCAGGAGGCCGAGUUCAUAUUUGAACUCAUUAAAGAAAUGCAGGGCAGCAACCCGAUGGAGAAAGCCCUGCACAAAGUUCUCCAGAGGAUUGCUCUCUUGGUGCAGGCCGAUCGCUGCAGCUAUUUUGGCCACAGGUCUCGCAACGGGACGCCCGAGUUGUCCACCAUUCUCUUCGACGUGACACACAAUUCUCCUUAUGACAAAAAUAUAGUGAACCCCAAUUCAGAGAUCGUUUUCCCAACCGACAUGGGAAUUGUUGGAUGGACGGCUCACUGCAAGAAGCCACAGAAUGUUCCGGAUGUGAAGAAGGACUCCCAUUUCAGUGAUUUUGUGGAUAAACAGACCAAAUACACCACAAAGUGCAUGCUCACUGCUCCCAUCAUGAAUGGAAAGGAACCACUAGGUGUCGUCAUGGUGCUGAACAAACAAGGUGCUACUGAGUUCUCAAAGAGUGAUCAGGAGCUCUUCAGCAAAUAUAUGAAUUUUGCCACCGUGAUUAUUCUCCAUGGUUUCAAUGCAUACAUGUGGGAUGUGGAGUCCAGGAGGAGCCAGGUGCUGCUGUGGUCAGCCAGCAAAGUCUUUGAAGAGUUAACAGACAUUGAGAGGCAGUUUCACAAAGCGCUGUACACAGUCAGGACAUACAUCAAGUGUGAGAGAUACUCUGUAGGACUCCUGGACAUGACCAAAGACAAGGAAUUCUUUGAUGAGUGGCCGAUCAAACUGGGAGAACAAGAGCCAUACAAGGGUCCCAAGACACCUGACGGCCGGGAAAUCAGCUUCUAUAAGAUCAUUGACUACUUGCUGGAGGACAAAGAGGAGAUUAAAGUUAUUCCCGGUCCUCCUGCUGACCACUGGGCUUUGGUCAGUGGACUUCCAUCUUAUGUGGCUGAGAAUGGAUUUAUCUGCAACAUGAUGAACGCUGGAGCAGACGAGUACUUUGCAUUUCAGAGAGGACCCGUGGACGAGACUGGAUGGACGAUCAAGAAUGUCCUCUCUCUCCCCAUCGUCAACAAAAAGGAAGAAAUUGUUGGCGUGGCGACAUUUUUUAACAGAAACGACGGAAAACCAUUCGAUGAAAAUGACGAACAGAUAACAGAAGCUCUGACCCAGUUUCUGGGCUGGUCCACUCUGAACAGUGACACAUACGACAAACUAAACAGAACAGAGUGGAGUAAGGAGGUGUCCCAGGAAAUGCUCAUGUACCAGACAAAGGCCACACUGAGUGAUGUGCAGACCAUCCUGAACACUGAGGAGAAGUUCGGCUCUGCUCCAGAAGACUGUGACCAGAAGGAGAUGUACAAACUUCUGGUAGGUGCCGUGACAUUUGAGCUGGAAAACAACAAGUUGUUUGUUUGCGAUGCAACGCAAACUGUUUACACAGUGCGUCCUUUCAUGCAGAGAGCCAACAUCCCUGAAGCUAAAAAUGUGGAGCUGCUGGAGUUCCGCUUCAGUGACUUCCCCCUGUCAGAGUUCGAUCUCAUCAAGUGUGGAAUCCGCUGCUUCUUUGAGCUCGGCGUUGUCGAGAAGUUCAAAGUCCCCGCUGAGACUCUGACACGCUGGAUGUACACUGUGCGUAAAGGAUACCGUGACAUCACGUACCACAACUGGAGGCAUGGCUUCAAUGUCGGACAAACCAUGUUCACUCUGCUGCUGACGGGGAAAAUUAAGAAAUAUUACUCGGACCUCGAGGCCUUCGCCAUGGUCGCUGCUGGAUUCUGUCAUGACAUUGACCACCGGGGAACCAACAACUUGUACCAGACAAAGAGUGCUUCCCCACUGGCAAAACUGCACAGCAGCUCAGUUAUGGAGCGCCACCACCUGGAGUACAGCAAGACUCUGAUGGAAGAUGAGAACCUGAACAUUUUCCAAAACCUUCAAAAGCGCCAGUUUGAAACUGUGCAGCAUCUGUUUGAGGUUUGCAUCAUCGCCACCGAUCUGGCGCUCUACUUCAAGAAGAGGACGAUGUUUCAGAAAAUUGUGGACUCUGUGGAGACGAUCACGGAGGAGAAACAGAAAGUUGACUUCAUCUCUAACAAUCCCACGAGAAAAGAGAUAAUCAUGGCCAUGAUGAUGACAGCUUGUGACCUGUCAGCCAUUACAAAGCCAUGGGAGGUUCAGAGCAAAGUUGCUCUGAUGGUGGCAGCAGAGUUUUGGGAGCAGGGAGAUCUUGAGAGGACUGUUCUUGAUCAGCAGCCAAUUCCCAUGAUGGACCGAAACCACGCUGAAGAGCUUCCCAAAAUGCAGUGCGGUUUCAUUGAUUUUGUCUGCUCCUUUGUCUACAAGGAGUUUUCACGUUUCCACACGGAGAUCAAGCCGAUGUUUGACGGUCUGAAUAACAACAGGGGAGAGUGGAAGGCACUGGCUGACGUCCACGAAGCCAAGAUGAAGGCCAUAGAAGAUGAGAAGAAGAGGCUGGAGGGAGGAAAUGAACCAGCAGAGGGCGGAAAAUCAAAGACCUGCGUGAUCUCGUAGACCUCCACGACAAAGGGACACAAGACGUUUGUCUGCAUGUAUCUAAUGUAAUGUGUAUGCAAACUUAUGUACGCAACACAUCCUCUAAAAGUCAUUAUUUUUAUAUUGUAAAAUAUAUAGUUUGCAUGUCACAAUGUACAAGUAUAAAUACACACACAUACACAUUUACACAUCUGAUUAAUGACAUAAAUAAUGACACAUAUACAUAUACUGUAUGCAUGUGUCUAUAUGUGUGUAUAUAAAUAUAUAUACAUAUAUAUAAACAUAAGGGUCAUGUAUUUGUCUUAUCUUUCUCCUGGUUAAAUACUGUAUCUUAUCGUUUUUGCUGUGAUUAAUAAAGAAUGAAUUUAAAGUAUGCAUAUUUAGCUGCCAUUCUUUAUCUUAGGGCGGAUAGAUAAUAUAUUUUUAUGAGUAGAGUGUAGCCUUUAAUCAGCAGACACACACCUAUUUCUUUUUUAUUGUGAAAUGUUUGAAAAGAUAUUUCAAACAUAUUCCCUGCACAACUGGGUGUGAGACAUAAGACGAUUUGACAGAAUUGGAUUCAGUCAUAAGCCACUGAGCUUUGCUUUCCUUUUUUAAGUUGCCUGCUUACAUAAAGUAAAAGUAGUGAUAAUAAGUCAGCAGGUCCAGGGAACAUGUGGUCGGAGCCAUAGUAAACACACUGUGAGCAGGAAAUGACUUUGUUUGAACGUUAAACUAAAUAUUCACUGGGAUUAUGUCGUUGUUUUGUGUUUCCACCGUCCUGUCUGACAGAUAUUUUUGUAAACAGAGCCUGCAGUGUGGGGCACUUUAGCGGGGCAAUAAUGGACUGUAAACACCACGAGGUACCGCAGAGAAACAUCUCCACAGUCUUGUGGAGCCGAGAUUUAAAAUGCUUGACAGUGAAAUGCGCAGUAGCAUCGAGUGUAACGUUUGAAAAAGUACGAUUAAAGUUCAUUUUCAAAUCACGUCUGCUCUUGGAAUUCAACUUUUGCCUCAUUUUCUUAGUUUGGAGUUUCUAAUAGGAGGGUGUUAGAAAUGAUCACCUUGAAGGUCAGCUAAAGAGGGUCAGGUGACCAAGGAUGACCUUUCAAUCACCUGUUAAUGGGAUUAUAAAUGACCUCUGUCACAGGUGCAGCUUUAAACCGUUGUCAGGUGAAUGAAUAUGAAUCAAAGCCUUGUCACCCAUGGUGAUGUG